UUGUAUCCGCUUGUGUAGCAGUGGUCCUACAUCAUGUCGAUGGAAGAUGCGGACGAGGAAGGAUUGGAAGAGGAGGAACGUGACCAUUUCCCGGAUGAAUGGGAUGAAUUAGAGGCCGAGGCGGCGGCAUGGCAGGAAAAGUUCACUGCCGCCAUGCACAGCGGCGAUCCCAUGCUGGGCUUGCCACAGGGCUUGCGCAUCCGACCAAGCCCCGCUGCUGAGUCUCACUCAGCUGACGCGGAGUCGCCCAGAGGAGGCUUCGGAGGGCCCAAUCUGACGCCGCAGCCACUUGCAGCCAGACGCUGGGAAUUCAUAGCCCUAGCGCUGGUCUGUUGUGUCAGCGCGCUGUGUACCCUGCACUUUGCUUGGACGCGCCUUCUGCCGGCUCCGCAGCCUGACUGGCGGCAGGGUUGUCAGCAAUGUCAACCCAGCUGGUGGCAGGAUUUUUGGCACUGGCGCUUCCAGCAGCUUGCGGCUCAUGGAGGCGAUCCCCGUGAUGCCCCACCGCCCGGGAUGCAGUGGGAGUGGGGCGCUCAAUCCGACGCCAACGACACGGAUUGGUACCAAGCCUCCGAGGAAUUUGUGCAAGACCUGGUCCGGCCCUACGCGGAUCCAUCACUGGGUCCUGUGUUGCAGUUGGGCUGCGGCGAUGCGCCCGUUCCGGAGCACCUGCAUCGGGCAGGCUUCCCUCUCUCCGAGCACCUGGACAUUGUGCCCGAGGUCAUCCAACGCAUGCGCCAGAAGUACCCUGUGGAGCAGUGGCCAGGCUUCACCUUCCUGGUGCGCGACUUUCUGUCGCAGGGCGCUCCACGGCCACUGGGUCGUUUCUGCGCGGUGCUGGACAAGGCGGGCAUUUGGGACUGGCUUCAAGAAGAGGCUCCCCAGAUGCUGCCGAGCCUUCUGGCGCUGGUGCGGCAAGCGCUGCCGCCUGCGCCUGAGGAAGGGGUCUACAUCAUCGCCACCAAGCUAUCACCCCCGGCCCUGGCAGAGACGAUGGCAGAGGCCGGCGGCAACUUGGGAUUUCACGUCGAGAAGUCCUUACGUCUGGGCGACGCGGGUGUGGCCUGGGGCUACGUGCUCUCAGCCGUUUGAAGCGAAAGAAAAA